AUGUCCAAAAAUUACACACGCUCUAUUGCUAGUGCUGGGAGUGAGUCGGUCCAGAGUGUUCAGCAGCGAACCUUGUCCGCGCGUGUUGAACGUUCAGCUUCAAACCCGGCAUCAUUUUCCCUAGAGCCGAACCACUAUGAUACUGCCCUGCCGCCAAUUCAAUUUAGUCCAUCACAAAACACCAUCGCCCAUCGACGCACAGGAAGUACACUCAAAACUGUUAUGCGAAAGAUUUUCAACAGGAAACGACAGAGUCAAGCAGACGGCCUGGAAGAGAAUCCAAACGAAGCGUUUUAUCCAUCAGUCCUAGCGAAACAAUCGAGUCCAGCGGAGGGUAAAACCUUCUUGGCGAUCCCUGCGCCUUCUGAAUCGAAGCGCAGCAGCCCAUUAUCAGAGGAGAACCUGCAGCUUCAAUUUGCAGAAGCACACCUAUCACCAACUUGCGCAACAGGAGGCUCAUUGCCGUCUCCGGGUAUUCCACGUCGACGAAGGAGAGCGACCCUUCCCAGCGUGAUAUUCUCCGACGACGAAUCACGGUUUGCAGUUGCAUCCAGUGCAAUUAGUGCAAUUUCCGACCCGCAGGAAGACCGACCUCGCACCCAAGAUACACACCGUAGACACAGUAUGCUUCAAGACCGCCGAAUAUCGAGGAGCGCAGAUGCGCUACAGGAGCUUGCACACGAACAGCCAGUAGUGGAACAAACUCCCUCGUCCUGGCCGGCCCGCUCUACAUCGAUUCCCACACCUGUCCCGGACUCCAAAUCGGCUGCUCUUGAAGUAAGCUCUGCUAGCGAUCAUUCCGCUAGGCCAUCAACCGGUACUACCGUGACCAGUCUCACUCGCGAAUCAGUGGCCCCAUCAGCUUCUGAAUCAGAGGGGCGAGCGGACCGGAUGAGUCUGCCUCCAAAUGUCCGCAGUCUGGUACAUACCAUGCAACAAGGUGAUGGGCUUACGGUGGAGCAACGGCUAAACACACUGGAGGUGAAGAUGAUUGAUCUCGAAUUCGCCAUUGCCCGAAUGCAAUCUAGCCCGGUUGAUCCAAAUUACACAGAGCGCUCGUCACGACAGAGAUAUACCCCUACAACAGAACCAUACUCUCCACACUCGCGCAGCAAGUACUCGACUGGAUAUCUGAGCUCAGCUGAUCGCGAACGGGAGCGGGAGCGGGAGCGCGAAAGAGAUGAAUCUCCCACCCCUCUUACUACCUUCUCUGCAGUGCGUCCACCUAGCACUAGCACCAUUCGACCAGAUACUAUGAGCUCACGAAUGAUUCGCCCAGCGCCAUCCACGACUUCGUUAUCCGAGUUCAGCGGCGUCUCCAUUGAGCAGUACAGUACUCUUGUGACACUCCUUCGCCGAGAACAAACUGCACGACGAAAUCUUGAAAGUCAAGUUUCCGGCCUUCGCGACGACCUGCGUCAACUCCAGCGAGCAGCGCUCCAAUCAAUGGAGAUGGGUACUAUGUACCCCAUUCACAAUGUGGACUCCCAAGAGUUCCUCCGAUUCCGCCGCGCAUUGGACGACUCGGACUGCUCCUCGCCUAACCCAACUGAGAGGGAGAGGGAGAGGGAGAGGGCACAUGCAGGGUAUGAUGGCGAUUCCAACUGGGGACCCGAUGACCCGAUUGGGCCUCAUAAAUGGGAUCAAGUCAAUGGACCUCGAGCUGUUCCGAGCCCAAUGAUCUGA